AUAACGAUUGAUGAUAAAGAACCAACCAUUUCAAAUCCAGUUUAAUCUUGGUCCGCACAGCUUAGAUUUAGUUGAUUAUUUGCCAUGUGUUUACUUGGAUCUCAAAACGAGCUUUCCCGUAGGCGAUUCUAUCGACUUACUAGUGUUCAAUGCAACGGCAAACCUGGAUUAGUAACUCGUUGAAAGCAAUGCUUGCAUGCACCUUCUGUCUGUCGAAGAAAAACCUUGUGCACUUGGUACUCAUUGGAUUGGUAUAACUUCGAGCUUCGUUUUCCUGGAUCUCGCCUACACGAGGUUGAUCUCCGACCAACACGAUCCUCUGGCCCCAUAUCCAAGAUGAGUAGCGUGCUUCAAAUAUCGCACAGGGAACAUGUUCAUUUCCUUAUGCGACAGAUCAGCAAAGCUCAGCAACGCAAUGCCUUUGCCGACCUGCAUUUCAUCUGCUCUGAUGGUAAGGUAGUCCACGUGCAUGCUGGGAUUUUGGGCUGCUUGUCCCACGUGAUUCGACAAUGCAUGACCACGAGAGUGCCUUUCGCCAAUUUGGCUCGGGGCCUCUCCGGGCACAUUGAAAUCUUCGAAACAGAGCAAACCUUUGACCAAAUGAUCUCCUUGCCCGAUGUGAGCUCAGCGGAGUUCCAGAAUGUAAUCGCCUUGCUGUAUAAUGGUCAAGUCAUGAUUGAUCACACCCAAGAGCAAUCUGAGAGUAUUUUAAGAGUGCUCCACAUGCUCCGUAUCCCUAUUGACAGUGACAAUCUGGUGAUUCAAGUCCAGUACGGGAAUAAACCGGACCUGGACCCACUGAAUGAGCGCGAGGAGUCGGAUUCGAGUAGUAGCCUCAAUAAUGGGAAUGACUUUCGGGACACGUCAUGGUACCCCUCCGGUUUCCAUGAGACGGAUGAGGACGAGCGAGCUCCCUUGUCAAAUUUCGGACAUGAUGGUGCAUCGAAUAAUAAUAAUAACAAUGUUAGUGACAAUAACACCAAGAAACAACGUCGAUCGUGUUCCAAGUGUGGCAAAACCUACUUGAAAUGUGUGGCGCGUCAUUUGGUCCGCCAUGAAGCCAAAUGUUUGGGUUGGAUCACGUGUACCUCUUGUGGCAUUGAUAUUUUGGGCGAGGAAAUGAAACAACAUCAGGAGGAUUACCACGGCAUCGUUGGAUACGAUACAGCUCCCAAGGCGCCCAAGAGACCUUCCAAUGGAGCGGGUGAUUAUUUUCCGUGCGAGAUUUGCGGGCGUAAAAUCCAUCGGAUUUGGGUCAAGCGACAUCGCAAUGAAAAGCACUCAGAAUAUGCUCAGUUCACAGAAGAGGAGUAUCAGGAAAUCAUGGAGAAAAGAGUCAAAAUUGACGACCAGAGGGACAUGGAAGAAAGAGAACCCUUCCAUGAAACGGAUCGAAGAUUGGUGGAACAAGAGCCAGAAAAUCAGGAGCAGGAAGGACACGAAGAUGUGGAAGAGGAUGUGGAAGGUGGGAAGCUCCUCAAUUGUCUGAGAUGUGAAUUCCAAACACCAUUAUUGUCGAAGUUGAAGGUUCACGUUUUUGGACAUUUUCGAAAUCACAUCAAAGAUCAGUACCUACCCAAGGGCUCCUCACCCAAUGAAGAUUGUCCAUUUUGCCACUACAAGGCGUCUUUGGCUGGAAAUCUUCUCGCUCACAUUGGGCUGACCCAUCGAAAGAUAGAAGAGUUCUUGAACUUGGAAGAAGUCACGCUCUUAUUUCCCAGACCUCCAAGUCGUCCAAAGCUUGGCCCCAAACUUCUACCCCAUGACCUGAAGGAACUGUCCGAUUCGGAAGCCCCUCAAGCGGCAGUUCCAUCCCGGCGAUGGUCCAUGGCCUGUUACAUCUGUGACAAAACCAUCUAUCACUCCAAUUUGAAGAACCACUUCUGUGAACACUUUGAAGUUCAGAUUCGACAAGAAUUGGAGCGAACCCAACCCAAUACCCUGGUGUGUAGCUUUUGUCACUGGAGGGCACCCAAUGGAUCUGCUCUGGUCACGCACGUGGGACGAAGACACAACAUGAUCAUGGACUAUUUGGACCCGAUGACUCGUGCCAAAAUAAUCGUGUUCGACGAUGCUUGGGAAAUGGAGAACUUUGGCCCCGACAAGGAGCGAUUGUCAUUUGUAUGCGAUAAAUGUCAUGGCGUUUUCGGCACUCAUUUGGAGCUUUGCCGUCAUCUCACCAUGACCAAUUGCGAACCUAUGGUUAUGACGGAUUCCCAAAGUUAAUGCCCAAAUCUAGAUAUUAUGUGCGUAAUCCAAGAAGAAUUUCAAUGACAAUCCGAAUUGACAGGUA